CCAAUCCAAAAACCAAAACACAAUUCAAGGUAAACCCAAGCCAAAUUCAAAACUAAAGAGAUGAAUUCAUGGCUAAAUCUUACCAGAAAAAGCCGAAGGAUUCAAACCCAGCAGAACCCGACGGACAAGGGAGGAAGAAGCAGAGCAGAUCCGGGAUUUCUAGGUUGAGAGGGAAGAUUCUAAGCCCCAAAUCAGUUCUUGAACAAGAAGGAAAGAAGAAAUUUCAAGUCUUCUACCGGUUUUCAAAGGAGGAAGAAGUCGGUGGCUUAGGGGGAGCUUCGGGGGGAAGAGUCAAGAAGAAGAAGAAGAUGAGGAAGAGCAAAACACGUGGCUGAGGAGAGAAAUAUCAGCCUUGAUCCUUAUCCUAAUUUCCUUUCUUUUUAGUCCCUUAACUUUUAAAAAGUUUGCGAUUAAGCCCCAAAACAAUAUUUUUCCUCAAAUAAGUCCUCACUUUAAUG